UGAAAUCGUGUGAGAGCCAGUGGGGCUGCACCGCUCCACAUUUUUGCGCAACUAUUUCCAUCCAUCCAGCGCGCAGCUAGCUGAAGAAAACCAUGAUCCCAGAUUGUUUCUGUAUCAGGCGUGCGCUUUGGGUCGCUGCUCGCUCCGGACUGUUAAAGCGCCGCUGAAAGCCGCUGCACUCUGUUUGUAUAACUUUGAUUGCGGUGGUGAAGUCUAAAACUGUCUUUUAUCGGACUCAUGGCUCUGUGGAGAAUGGACCUGAUCACACUCUGUUUGCUCCAGCUGUCUAUAAUAGAAAUGCCCUGGCUGGUGUUGGCGGGGCAGUGGGACUGCCUAACUGCAGGCGAUUCAUGCUCCAGUGAUGAGGCAUGCAGUCCACGACUACGCACUCUGCGUCAGUGUGUGGCAGGUGGGGGAAGUGUGAAGCUGGGGCCAGGGGCUCGUAACCACUGCGAGAAUGCUGUGACUGCUCUGCUAGCCAGUCCUCUCCACCGCUGCCAGUGUAAACGUGGCAUGAAGAAGGAGAAGAACUGCCUCAGCAUCUACUGGAGCCUCAAGCAGUCUGUAAUACACGGACUGAACCUUGUAGAGAAUUACCCAUAUGAGCCUGUGGAGCGAGGGUUUGAUUAUGUUCGGCUGGCUUCCAUUGCUGCAGAGUCUGACGCAGGUAUGGCGAUGGUGAAUCAUUGUCUCAAUGCAGCUAAAGCCUGCAAUGUGGAUGACACAUGCCAGAAGCUGCGCACAGAGUAUGUGUCGGCCUGCAUCGCCCCAUCAGUGAAAGCGGGGUCUUGUAACCGCGUGCGUUGCAACAAAGCCCUGCGAAAGUUCUUUGACCGUGUGCCACCUGACUACACACAUGAGUUGCUGUUCUGUCCGUGCUCAGACACAGCGUGCUCUGAGCGACGUCGCCAGACCAUCGUCCCUGCAUGCUCAUAUGAAGAAAGAGAAAAACCCAACUGCCUGGCUCAGCUCAGCAGCUGUGAGGAUGACCUUGUGUGCAAAUCUCGUUGGGCCCAGUUCAAGCAUGACUGCCAGCCCUCAGAGCUUACUGCCAGUGGCUGCCAUCAAGAGAACUAUGGCGCCUGCCUCGUUGCAUAUACUGGUCUGAUAGGAACCACUAUCACCCCAAACUAUCUGGACAACUCCACAUCUAAUGUUGGGCCGUGGUGCUCGUGUGCAGCUAGUGGGAAUCACAGGGAGCAGUGCUAUGACUUCCUUAUCCAUUUCCAUGACAACAGCUGUCUAAAAAACGCUAUCCUCGCCUUUGGCAAUGACACUGACUCCAAAUCAGCAGCUAACCAACCAGGAGCAACCAGUCCAAGGACCAACACUCCCAAUCAACACCUAGCUCCCAGUUCCAUAACCACUACCAUGAUUUCAAUUCAUGUGGAGAGCCAGCAGAACAUCUUCCAUCCUCAAAUCCCCACCCAGAUGAACGAGAGAGACAGACUGUUGAGUGACUCUACCCUCCCAUUACCUGAUCCGUACAACAGCAGCCCUGGAUGCACUGACCUGGCAAUGACAUUUUUUUUCCCCCCCAUCCUGUUGCUGGCUCUUCAUUUCUAGAAUCAAAUCAGCCAGUCACAGCUCAGCAGCAUGGAGUUGAGUUGGGACACUUGUGUGAGGCUUUUCAUCAAACUCCUCUGGUGAGAUAAUAGACGAUUGAAUAUAAGAGCACAAGAGAGAGAACUAUCCAAAAAGACUAUGACCCAAGUUUCCAGCUCACAAUGUGAAGUCGUGAUUAAUUUUAUGAGCACAGUACUAUGACUGAUACUUGAAACUGAACUGGAGUAAAGAGAGUGUGUGUGUGUGUGUGUGUGUGUGUGUGUGUGUGUGUGUGUGUGUGUGUGUGUGUGUGUGUGUGUGUGUGUGUAUAAAACUUACUUUCUAUGAACACUCACUUUGAAAUGCAAAAAAAAAAAACCUGAAAUAAGUUUGUGGCUUAUCAUAUAGUCCCUAAUCAUUAUUAUUUCGGUACCUAUUUUUUCAAAUACAGUGAUUUUGGUACAUCUGUAUUGACUAAUCAGGUCAGUUCUGCAGCAUGCAUAAGGGAUAAAGCACAGUGAUGAGUGUCUGUUUCGAGAACAAUAAUCAUACACUAGUGUUUGUGAUGACUCUUCACAGGAAGACACUUUUUCUGAUGGAAUCACAGGGAUGUUUAAAUAAUAUGAUGUAUUUUAUUUUUGUAAUGUGUAGAAAAUAUUCAUUUACCAUUCGUGAUAUCCUCUCUUGUUACAGUCAUGAUUUUUGUCUUCAGUGAUGUCUGAAAAUUACAUACAUUUCCUUUAACCUCAGACUUAUAGAACUGCCAUAUAUUUGAUCUUUUCUGUGAAUUAUGAGUGGAAAAUCACUUUUCUUUUAAACAAAUGCUGUGCAAACUACACACGACACUGAAAUUUAUGCUGAACUUCAUUUUAUUUAUUUCAUAUCCCCCUCCCCCAA